GUACAUAAAAAUACCCACAUAAAGCAACGCAACGUCGCACCUCAGAAAAUUGCCAUGAAUGGUGCAAUCCACAUAUUUUAAUUCAGACGCCGUUUAAUAAUGUUUUUGGACAUUUAUUUAUGUCGAAAGUGGGAGUUGAAGGGGCUAUUACGUAGCAGCUAUUUAAGCUCGUAUGUGGUGACAAAACCUUGAAAAUGCGCAUGUAAAGCUAUAGCUCAUUCCGCUCUUCGGAGGUGAAAAAGGGCAACUGGAUUAUAGACAGCAGCCAAAAACACGAUUUUGAACUAGAGCAUUGGCAGCACUUUUUGCUUUUCUUUUUCUUUGGAGGAGAUUUAUAUACAUAGAUAUAGAGAGAACGAGCAGGCAUCGGCAUAGCCAUAGCACGUCACAAUGAAGUCCAGCAGCGGUAAAAAGGCGAGGAAGGGCAGGAAGAAACAGGAAGACAAGGACACACACACGGCCGAGGACAUACAAAUUGAAAAGCAACAAGAAAAUGAAGACGAAAACGAAGAGGAACAGCUAGACCAGGAAAAGGACGACAAUGAAGAGGAACAAUCUGAAAAUGGACAAAUGCUUUCUGGAGAGUAUUACGAGGUCGAAAGCAUCAGAAAAAAACGAAUCCGCAAGGGGCAGGUGCAAUAUUUAGUUAAGUGGCGAGAUUGGCCUGAGAGUCAAAACACAUGGGAGCCAUAUGAAAAUGUUAAAUCUUGUGGUGAAAUAUUAAAAGAUUUUGAAGAAAGUAAUGGCAGCCUGCCAAGACCUGGAAGGAAGCCUAAGCGCAAGUCUGGAGGUCCCAUCUCUACUCAGAAAAGAAAGCGUGUUUCUUUGUCGAGUGCUGACGAAGCUGCACAGCCAGAGGCUGAGGCAGAGGUAGAGACAGUCGCAGAUGCAGAUGCAGAGGCAGAGGCAGAGAUUGAGGCUGAGGAGGCUGAGGCUGAGGUAGAGGCAGAGCCUGAGGCAAAGAUUGAAUCAAAGCCAAGGGCUAAACGGGGUAAAUCUACCUCAGGCAACCGAAUUGUUACCUCAUCAGAAAUAAUGCCACAGCCGCUUGAACAAGGCAUCCUUCAGAAAGAAGAUGGAACUCAGAUUGCAGAAGACAAAGAUGAAUUAGAGAAAAGUCAAGUUAAGUUGCCAGAGGAUGGUGAUGGCAAGAAUGAAGAAGAGGAAGAGCAGAAUGCAGCUGUGGAGAAGAGUGUAGAGGAAGAAAGCAAUUCACAGAAUAAAAAUCCGAAGGAGGAUACAACUAUUUUAAAACAUGAAGUGAAGGAGGUGAUUCAUCCUGAUGUGACCUCAGGUCCUGAAGAGAAAGACAUGCCAGUGGAUGACUCUAAGUCAGAUCAAAGGGUUACGGUAAAUGACUCCGGCAAACAAAGCCAAGUUGCCCAAUUUACAGGAGCAAAGAAGAGGAAAUCAGGUCAUGUAAGGCGUGUAAAGCAAGCACUGGAUUUGAAUGAGCAGGAUACAGAGCAAAGAGAGGAGAAGAGCAAUAACCAACAGGCACAAGAAACGUUGUCAGGCACUGUUAAUUUGAGGGGCCAAGGAGGGGACAUCUCAGGAAAUGGUAAAGAAUUGAAAGAUCAGAAGCCUUUGGUUGUUGGACCUAGUACAGACAAAAAUCCAUCAAAUUCCACUGACAACUAUCUUACUCCGGCUAUAACUGAAAUUCUGAAGGCAAUAAGCUACAACACCUCUGCCUCGAACAACAAACAGGAGGUUCAUGUUAUUUUUAAAGUUCGAAGAGCUGAUGGUUCUGAGGUAGUCGUAGAUAACAAAUUCUUGAGGUCCAAUUAUCCUUCAUUGUUGAUUGAUUUUUAUGAGCAGCAUCUUCGAUACAACAACACUGUGUAGAGGUGUACCAUUCCCAUUUGCAGAGUGAGAAAACCAUUAGUUUCACCAUCAAGUACUAUGAUACAGAUUUCUGUAUACUGAUCUUGUUAAUUGCAUCAUUCAAACUAAGGUUCUCAGAUAUUCAGGGAUAAUUCUCGCCAAAGAGAAGUUUAAAGAGAGUGAAUCUUAUGUGUAGUAUUCUGGAAAAAAUUGUGUUCAGAUUUUAACCAUAGGAUGGCACUAAAUUAUUAUUUUCAGUGAUCAGCGGGUUUAUUCACUUCUCAGUAUGUAUGCAUAUGAUAAACUUGCCAUCAGUAAGGUUUCAAUGUAUGGUUUAGAUAUUUUAUUUCACUCUAGUCUUACAAAAUUAAACUGUAACUAAUGUGGAUUUUCACUUUUGCAUGUAUUUUUUAUGUCAACAUAUAUUUUCUUGUAAGUCAA